AGCAGAAAAUUCAGACAUUGGACAGAGAUAGGUGUUGUAUCAAAGGAGAGAAGCUUCUAUAUCCGAUACGCCAGUUCGGUUCCGGGUUUUGAGAAGCGUCUAUGUGAAAUAUCCGAUACGGUUCUGGAUGUAGACUGGCAAAUCGUUGGGCUAGUACCUCAAUGACACUCAUCGAGACGAAUGUGAAAGACACAGAAAACAUACAGUUUUAAAGUGCAGUACUAUAUAAGGGAAAAUGUCUGACGCGUCAGCCGAUCGUGACGGUGAUCUAAGCAGGAGAGCGAUGAAUAUCCUCGAGUUCAUUGGUGAACUUGUGAUCCUUCAUCUCCACAUUCUCUUGGUUACCAUAGAGGCCUUCCUAAUAUGGAUGAUACCAAGUUUCCUGAGGUCGAAAUCUCUGGAGGGUGAGACGAUGCUCAUUACGGGGGCUGGCAGCGGCAUGGGCAGGCUCUUCGCGCUCAAGUUUUCUGCAUUAGGCGUACGAGUGGUAUUGUGGGAUAUCAACGCCUCUGCCGUUGAAGAAACGGCGAAGAUGGUACGCGUGAACGGCGGAAAGGCCUGGUGGUAUACCUGUGACGUCACCAAGAUGGAGACGGUCAACGAGGCUGCACAGAGGGUGAGGGAAGAGGUCGGGGACGUGACCAUGCUGGUUAACAACGCAGGCAUUGUGACCGGGAAGUACUUCCAGGAUUUGAAAGAAGAGGAUUACCAGAGGACAAUGAAUGUUAAUUCAUUGGCUCAUGCGUGGACCCUGAAGGCGUUCCUUCCUCACAUGUUGGAGAGGAAUCACGGUCAUAUCGUCACUAUAGCUAGUAUCAUGGGUGAGCUUGUAGUACCAGGAUUGAGCGAUUACUGUAUGAGUAAAUUCGCUGCUGUCGCACUCCACGAAAGUUUGCUACGCGAGGUCCGGGCUCAGCGGAAAGAUGGGAUCCAUUUUACACUGGUCAAUCCUUACAAGAUCGACACCGGAAUGUUUGACGGAGCGAGGAUCAAAAAGUCAGCAGAGUUGUUGUUCCCUACCCUUAAACCCGAGUACGUAGCUGACAAGGUUGUAGAAGCUGUACAAACUAACACAGACGUGGUCAGGACACCUUUCAUCUUCAAUAUUGUUGUCAUUAUCUCAAAAAUACUACCUCUGAAGGCCAUACUUCUCCUUGAAGACUUCGCUGGAAACGAGAAGGCAAUGAAAACCUUUGUUGGACGUAGAGGGCAGACUGUCGAUGAGCAAGCAGUGACAAAGAUUGAGUGAUUCUUCUUCUCUCGUCACACAUGUCACAUAAUUAUGACUCGACGAAUCAAGCAGAUAAAAGUCGUAUUGAUUUUUUAAAAUGUAAUCGCCGAUGUUCGAGAGGGAGUAUUAAACUCAUCGUAUUUCGAAAUUCAAUUUAACUCAGGCCUUGGUUUUUCGAAUCCUCCAUGCUGUAAUGGCGAUAUUCUCAGAGAGUAACUUGUGCAUAAGUGUUAAAUUAGCAGAUGAUGAAAUUUACUUAUACUGUUAAGGAUGUGUGUUACCAUUUUACCAUUUGCUAUCCUUUGGUUUUACACCACAUCUCAAAAUUGUAUUACAUCUAAUACCUCGGUCACAAUUACUCUACGGCGGCCGUACAGCGAUUCGAAAACAGCCGUUUUAACAUUUUUUUGUACCAUAAAAUAAAAACAAUUAAAACGGCCGUGAGGAAUACAUGUGACCUAGGUAUAAUAUAUUUGUAGUCCAAUUUAAACAGAAAUAACAAAGGUGAAGCACCAGUUGUAUUUUCAUAGUAAAUUUUCUUUUAAUGCUGAGCUAUAAAAUCACAUGUUUUAAAUAUUUGAACAAGAUUGAUAGUGGAGGUUCCGAUUAUACUGACUAAGCAUUUUCACGUGUACGCACUGAGGUUUCCAGCAAAGUGUGUCAACAAACUUAUUUACUGCCCUUAAUUUUAAGGCAUUAUUUGUUGCAAAUAUAUCUCUCUUCUUCAUGUCAGUGAUUGUGGGAAUAUGUCAAUGUCACAGUCGAAUAUUGUGUGCAUAUUUUUAAAUCUUAAAUUAUUGUAUUUAAUUAAUGUAUAUAGCCCUUUUUCUUAAUUAUGCGUAGUUUCCACUCACAUGACUGGUGAAUUAUUUGUAGAUAUGGAAUUCAAUUAGUAAAUGUACUUAAAUAUUUCUGCAUUAUAUUAUGUAUGCUGCUAGUUCCUAUGACUCAUUUCCAAUCAAUUUAUUUCAGAAAUGUGCCAUUGUAGCAAAUGAUUCUCUAUUUGCUGUGUACGAAUUUCAACAAAUAGUACUAUA